AUGCCACUGUACAUCAUUAAAUCUUCAUCAUCAAAUGCCUCAAAAGUUCCUGCAGUUUGCCUACCACUGGGAACAUCAUGCGUAAAGUCAAAGCUUCCUUGCUACAUGCUGACUUAUCAAAACAGCUAUUUAAGGUUGGGAAGUGUACCAACCACCUGCUUCGAAUUCGGGAAAGGCAUUUGCCAAAUAAACAGCAGCAUUGAGAACUUCAACGAAUACACCAAGCUGAUCAAACAGCGGAACGAAUCCAACUUCGAGGAGCUAAAGACCAAGUAUUGGAAUUCUACUCAAUCUGUUUACACUUACCCGCAAAAAUAA